ACUCAUGUGUAUUGUCCAGUGUCCAGCAGUGCCUUGUGGCCCUCUGUGUUGACGCCAGGGCUGUGUGAGUGGUGUAUGUGGGUGUAUGAAUAGGAAGAGAUGAGAAGAGGGUCUUAAGCGUUCAUACACCCGCAUCAUCACAGCUUGUUACACAAAGAAACUCCUUACUGGACUAGAGGUAAUGUAAAAUAUGUCCAUUCUCUCUUUCAGCUGUUUAACACGUACUGCCAUAUUGUCAGGUUUUGUUUAUUGGAAUGCGUUUGGUGUGACUAAUUAGGGAGUCGACAGACAGGGAGGGCAGCCAGACUGAAUGGACAACUUUGGCUGCUCUGGGUCUCCUGCAACGCUUUGGCUCAGUGUUUCAGAGAAUUGAAUGUACUUCUGUAAGCUGAUCCUCUGGUCGGCUUAUAAGGACAGAAAGCUAUUAGAGCGAGACAGGGCACGCUUUAGCGAGUUACGUGUUUACAUGCCGACCAAAGGUCACCUCUCAAGAACUUGAAAAUGUGUGUGUGUGUGUGUGUGCUAUUGUGUUUGUAUUGCAGGACGUGCUGUAUAACUGCUCUUUCAGGAAUGGAACCAAAGUUUGCCUAAAAACCUUUCCAGGAGAUGCAGUGGUGCAAGUGGGCAGGCAACUGGAAAUCUCGCCUACCAGGACAGUCCACAGGAGCACAGGAAGAGGAUGCCUGUGAGUUCCUCUUUAAAAUCGUCUUCAUUGGCGACAGCAACGUGGGAAAGACUUGUGUUAUCCACAGCUUCAAGUCUGGGGAGUUCAGAGAUAAACACCAUAACACUAUUGGUGUAGACUUCAUUGUGCAUUCCAUGGACAUUGAUGGCAAGAAAGUAAAGAUGCAGAUCUGGGACACUGCCGGACAGGAGCGUUUCCGCACCAUCACUCAGAGUUACUACCGCAGUGCUCAUGGGGCUAUGAUUGCCUAUGACCUGACACGUCGCUCCACCUUUGACUCACUGCCUCACUGGAUUCAGGCUGUAGAGCAAUACGGAGCUGCCAAUGUAGUCUUUGUUCUUAUAGGUAAUAAGUGUGACCUGGCCCCUCAGAGGCAGGUACUCUUCGAGGAUGCCUGUACACUGGCAGAACAGACGGGGGCCUUGGCAGCCCUGGAGACAUCCGCCAAAGAAAACCGCAACGUACAAGAGGCCUUUGAGCUUAUGGCACGGGAGCUAAUAGUGCGAAAUGGAGGCCUGGUUCAUCAGGAAGUCCAGUUGAACCCUCUCCCAUAUUAUGACUCUCACCCAAUAGAUGAAGUGGAGUCUCUAAAGAAAAAGUCAUGCGACUGCUGAAAUGUGAUUUUAGAGGGAUGGUGCCUUUUUUAGGAACUUUUAACUACUUGACUGACAUUCACUUAGCCCAUUAACUACAUUAGUACUGGGAAAACCUGUCUGACAUCUGCAGCUCGGAGGAGCAAUGUCUAUAGAUGCACUCCAGUGAUAAAAAAGAGACUUUGGUCCCUUUUGCACUUACUGACAAAAAUAGACUGUCACAUGUAGUCAGUGCACAAAGAACCAUAUGUGCAGAGCCAUAUUUAACUUAACUAUGUUUAACUUAUGAAUUAAUUUAAGAACUUCAGUUAUGCUCCACAUGUUAACACAGGCUGUAAAAUAAAGUGAAAAAUGAGAAAAAUGCAAUGGUUGUGAAUUUUCAGUACAAAAUACUCAGAGACCAAGUAUCUUCUAUUACAUUUAUUUGGCAUGAGAGCAAGCAAAGACAAAUGUCAACUUUAAAAACAGUGACUGGCAAAAAAUAUAAAUAAAACAAAGGCAAAUAUUUAUCAGACAAGAUUUUUCCCUUUUUAAAAGCAACAAAGAAAACAUGGUAUACUGCAUUGCAUGGCUGAGCAUAGGAUAUGUAACAUGUUGCAUACAAUAUUAAAACCCUCAAAAAA